UGUACGCGUCGCAUGUGGUGCGCGGAGGUGGUGUGUACUGCCGACUCUGCUGAGAAUGACUAGACUCGCUCACUGUGACCAGGCACAUUCUAUUCUACUUGAUUGAUUCAUUGACUUGAAUGAAAAGUGUUCCACCCUGAGCUGAGUUGUCAUGGUUGUCGCAAUUGUGGGGGGACAGCUAGCUGUUGAGUCGUGUUAACUUCACAAACUACGCAUUGUUUGACUAUCUAUUGACGUUGGACCAGAACUGGAUCAUAUUUCGAAGGGUCCUACUAGUCUACUACUUCUACUUGCCGUCAACUCGCCGUCAACUCACUUGCGCCGUCAACUCGCCGUCAACUCCUCCAAUAUACAUUUAUAUUUUUGAAAGGUGUCUGAGCCCUGAGUCGUGUGUGGAAUAUUUCUACCUCUAUCCAUGUUCUGCUUUUAGAGACUGGAAAUUGAUUGACGACACUAAGGGCUAUUUCUAAAUUAAUGCAUUGAUGCAGUAUCGUUGACACCAUGACUUCCCUUCCAUAUACUCUCCCAUCCCUGGACGCCUCCACCCUGCACUAUCUGGCAGAAUGUUCCAAAAACUACGCACUCAUGAACGGAGUCAUCAAAAGGGUAGCGGGCAGCCUUGACUCUUCAGAGGUCGCGACCUACAUACCGCACACCUUGUUCCCGUCUCCCUUGCCCCGUAAAUUGUACAAUUUAGCCAAUGAGAUGCAAGAAAGCAUCAAUGAGUUGGUACUCAGGGUAGCCAAUGAUAAAGAGUUUCUAACGACUGCUUUAAAAAGUACUAUAGCUGUGGAUGAUUUCACAGCAAAACUGUUCAGCAUUUUUCAAGAAGUGGAGAAAGAGGGACUGAAAAAGCCUAUAACACUGUGUGUGGUACGGCCAGAUUACAUGGUAGACACUUCUGGUCCAGAGUUGGCUUUGAAACAGGUGGAAAUAAACACGAUAGCGGCUGGUAUGGGAGGAAUUGGCACACAGGUUGCUGACUUACACAGGUAUAACGUCGGCCUGUGUGGGGAUAUGAAAGUUGAACUAGCGGGUAAUCAAGCAGUGAACGCUAUAGCUGAAGGAGUGGCUGAGGCGUGGAGGCUGUAUGGACAACCAAGCAGUGCAUGGGUUUUAUUUUUGGUUUCAACCCAUGAGUACAACGUGUUCGACCAGUGCUGGUUGGAGCAUACAAUACGCAAGAUCAACCCAGCAAUCAAAGUGAUGAGAAAGACAUUGGCUGAAGUCGGACAACGAGGGACUCUGACCGAGGACAGAAGGUUACUCAUGGACGGCAGUGAAAUAGCUUUGGUGUACUUCAGAAUCGGUUACGCUCCAAGGCAGUAUCCGACAGAAACAGAGUGGAACGCAAGAAUACUCAUCGAGCGUUCACAGGCCGUCACUUGCCCCUCUGUUAACUUCCAUCUAGCGGGUACGAAGAAGAUCCAGCAGGAAUUAUCGAAACCUGGAGUUCUAGAGAAAUAUCUGACAGACGAGGGCGCUAUUGCAAAGAUUAGAAGCACGUUCGUCCACCAGUAUGACCUCGGUCUUACGGAAGAAGGAGACGCUGCUGCUGCAUUAGGCAUCAAGCAUCCAGAGAGAUACGUCUUGAAACCUCAGAGAGAGGGUGGAGGAAACAACCUUUACGACGAGGAUUUGAAAUCGGAACUGGAGAGGCUGAGUGGCCAGGUGGAACGGGGCGCAUGCAUCUUGAUGGAGAAGAUACAGGGCCAGGUCUUUCAAAACUAUGAUAUACGACACACCAUGGAACCUGUAAUUAACGAUAUGGUUACCGAGUUUGGACCAUUUGGAGUUAUACUGAGUCAUGGCGAUGAGGUGCUGCUGAACAAAACGACGGGCUACUACAUGAAAUCACGCAACGUCAAUGUUCAAGAGUGUGGUAUAUCCACCGGUGGUGCUGCAAUGGACAGUGUGGCCCUCGUUUAAAAACUGCUUUCAAAGUUCAUAGUUAACAACGCCUACAGAGUUGUAACACUUAUCAUGUUGUCAGCCGGUUGACAAGCAAACUGUACUAUCCAAAAGCCUUUCUCAAACCACGGCUCCAGGCUCCGUCUGGUGUUCGAACAAACACAAUACACACUGCUCAAAAAUGUACAUGCCCGAAGGCUGGUUUAUACUUGCUGCGUUUUCACUGCCUACGCAGCAUGCAGAACUCUAGCCGGAGACGUAGCCCAAACCAGGGUAUAUAAAAAGGCCCCAGGGCUCGGUAUUCAUGGGAAAACUCGACAAGACCGCAGGAUCUUUACUGGACCAGGAUCAAAACCAGAAACGCCUAGAAUCAAAAUGAGAACAUGGUUUUUAUCAUCUUAACUGUUUCAUUUUGAAAUCACUUCUGUUUUAUGAGUGAUACCAUGCAGGAUUGAAAGAUAUUUGUGAGACUCAAACUCAACUUUUGAACAUCAUUCUUUUGACGCAAAGAUCUUAUACUGGAAAGAAACAAGUCGCCCAGACUAGCCCUGUCUUGAGCUUACUGGUUGACACUGAAAUCACUGGCCUCAGAGGCCAGUGGUCCAGAGUAUAAUUCAAGCAAUGCUAUUCUCAACUUGAUACAAGACUCAGAAAGAAAAUAACCAUAGUGUAGGCCAGAGGGGAAAUCUAGGGGAGGGGUGUAGUUUGGACGGCCAAUUUAAACCUCUAUUUGUAUCUAAAAGGAACACAAGUGAUGAACAAAUUUGACCAGUUGGUUUCCUUUUUUACUAGCAAAGUUAAUUUUUUAGUGUCUCCAAUUGCCAAUGGAAAACAAUUAUCUGUAUAUGUUAUGCGGACAAUAAAGAAUUAUAAUCUAAUAAUCUAAUCUAAUCUAUCUCUAUUUUACAAGUCACCUUUAAAACCCAGUCAGGAAGGAUCUUUUGGGGGAUAAAAGAGAUUGUUAAAAUUUUAACACGGCCUGAAGAGUCUAAGAAAGCCUACACCAUGUGUACAUGUAGGCCAGCCUGGAUAAAAGAGAUUGUUAAAAUUUUAACACGGCCUGAAGAGUCUAAGAAAGCCUACACCAUGUGUACAUGUAGGCCAGCCUGGAUAAAAAGGACUGAAUGUUAUAUAAAAGCAGGAAGAAGACAUUUUAUACUUUUUUUUUCGUAUUCAGACUUGACAUUACUGCCUUGUGAACAAAAAAACCCAGAUUGGUCACUCGAUUCAAAACCUGUGACCAUUUGUGACAAUUUGUUUAGCUACCUGCACUGGCUUUCGGUUGGACAACGGAUUGUGUACAAAGCUCUUCUUCAGACUUAUACAUGUAGUCAACGGCAACGCACCAAUAUAUGUCUCCAGAAAAUUCCACUGCCACUCACCACUUGUUCUUGCCUGUUCAUCAGCAUCGCACAUGCUAAUGUAUGACGAUUUUUAGCAAUCGCGCUAUGCACACAAUUUUGAUUGCUCGGUAUGAUUUUAAUUAACUUUAGAUAUGAAGAAACAGGGAAUAUUUGACAAUCUGGUUAUUGGUGAUUUUUAUAACACUCCCAUUGAGGUGGAAAAUGUAAUAUUUCCUGCAUAACCAGUGCAGUAUCUGGCCUGCCAGAAAGACCAAGGAAUGCACAAGGUCACACUUGUUUUUAUUGAUGCUUAAUUUGCAUCGGGAUAAAGAAUGGUAUUGGAUUUUACCCUUUCACUUCACCUAGAUGUGUAUAUUCUCCAGUCACGCUUUUUUUUGUAAAGCAAAGGUUAAAUGGUCUAAAUUAAAUAAAAAGGGUCUAAAAGCUGCCUUAGUGAAAUAAAAGCACCAUUAAAGAACUACACUAUAUUAUUAAUUUUUGCUGCCCUGUUUUGAAAUAAUGUGCUUAAUAGUCCUUCCUGUGCAGUUCGCCAAAUUAAUAUUAAUUUAAUUUUAAAUGUGUUGACAAAUUCUUAGUUUGUUUACCUUAUUUAUAAAAUACGAUACCAUAGAGUAGAUUAUCAGACUUCUCAGUUCUGAAUAGAAUAGAAUAGAAUAGUUCUGCUUUUUAGCUACUAACUUGGUGGAAGAUUGGAAAUCAGCUGGGUGCUGGUUGGUUUCAGUUUCCCCCAAACUGCCUUCUUAAUUGUGUGUUCUUUUUGUCAAAAAUUGCCAGAAUCAUUCCCAAAAUCUAUAUUUCAAUAAACAUUAGAUAAACACAUUUAACCUAUAAUUAUGCGAAUUAUUAUGUAACUCGACUUCUUUGUGAUAAUUUCAAGUAGUAUAUGCAUCGAUCUGCUGUUGUUUUACAAACAAGGUUUUGUUUUACAAACAAGGUUAUAAGCAUAUGUUAUAUGAAUCAUAAAUAAAUGUGAAGUAUAUUUUUAA